UGGCUAUAGCUCUUUUUCUAACAAGGCUAGAGACUUGCGCUUUUCACCAUUCGGUUCAGUGUGCUGAGCUCUAUAAUAUGAGGUAGGUCUCGUCACUGACAUCAAAGGUAAAAAAACUCAUAAAAUAAAUCGUUUUUCCAUUUAGAUCUGCUACUAAUUCCUGGAUUUCCUUUUUCUCCAUUUUUGAAACUAACAGUAUAUCAUCAACAUAACUUGCUAAUCCGAUAUAAGGAUAUUUUUGAUAAUCCCAGUUAUACAGCAAAAAUUCAUUUAAAGCUAUGUCCGCUAGAAAUGGCGAGAUUGAACAUCAAAAUAUUUCGCUUGAUAUAUAUUGAAAAAUUGGAAAAUGAUAGACUAGUCACAAAUGUCCAACGUCGAAAUGAAACAUGUGACAGAAUAGAAGUGGAACAGGAUAGUGUAGUUGAUUUUUCGUCUAGGAAGAUAAAUGAACAAGAGCGGUCUGUAUUAAGAAGAGGACUUAGUUUCAUCCCAACCCGACCACUUAAUAGUACUACCUAUGUAUCUAAAGUGAUAGCGGGGGUGGAGAUGGGGUUAUAUAAAAAAAGUUUAGGAGAUAAAGAAGAUAUUGUAAGUGAGGUGAAAAGAGUACUAGAACAACAGCUAGGGUUUGAUAAAACAGGAAGACGUGAAAAUCUUUCGAAAAGUCAACGAAAAGCGAUAAAAACAUUAAAAGAAGAUGAAAAUAUCAUCAUUAUACCAGCGGAUAAAGGAGGAAAAGUUGUAGUCAUGAAUGUAGAGGAUUACAUUAAGAAAAUAAAGGAGAAAUUAGACACAAAAGCGUAUCAAAAAUUAGAUGAAGAUCCAUCGAAAGAUAGAGAUGAAAUGAAUAUGAUGCUUGAAAAUAAAAAAUUACCGUUUGUUCGGGGACAGUUAAAGGUCCAUAAACAGUUUUUUUAUGAACAUCCAAGUCGACGUAGCCCAAACAAACAAAAUUUAAUGAAUCUUGUUCAAUUUCUUAAAGAAAAAUAUGAUUUGAAUUUAAUUGUAUUUGUUCGACCAAAUUAUCCUGAUAUCAGCAAUGUAUUUGAACUAAAUUAUAAUUUACUUUUUAAUAAAAUAUUCAAAUCUAAAAUUCCAGCCCUCCUCUAUGUGAGAUACUGCGAAGAAGAUGAACCGCUUGAUAAAUGGUCGCAAAUAGAAGAUAUUCAAAAUAUACUUAGACAACAUUAUCGAUUUGAAGAUAUUAUCAGCAUGUAA